AUGAAGCUCGCAAUCACUGGCUGCAAUGGAUCCGUCGGGAAACAGGUCGUUCUUCUCUCUCUCAAGCGGGGUCAUUCAGUCGUUGGAAUCGACGUCAACGGCCCAAUUUCCCUGACUGACGAGAACUAUGUGUUCUACAAAGUCGACCUUCGCGUAUACGAAGACACGCUCAGGGUACUGCAGGGAUGUGAAGGGAUCAUACAUCUCGCCGCUUUUCCAAACCCAGGAGACUACGGGGUAACUGCGCACAACAGCAACGUCGUAAUAUCAUGGAACGUCCUUCGUGGUGCAGCACAAUUGGGGAUCACGCGAAUCGCACAAGCAUCUUCUGUGAAUGUCCUUACGAUGGUGUACUCAAAUCAACCUCACUUUGAUUAUUUUCCCAUCGAUGAGGAUCAUCCAUGUCUCCCAGAUGAGCCUUACGGAUUAUCCAAAGUCAUUUGCGAGCUCCAAGCUGACGCUAUAGUCCGUCGAUACCCCACAAUGCGCAUCGCUAGCCUCCGCCUUCACUGGUCCGUUCCCGACAAGUCCAAACCGCGCUCUCUUCCUGUUGACAAAGCCAAAAACGACCUAUGGGGAUACGUCAACGACGAGUCCGCUGCCGACGCGUUCGUCCUGGCAGUGACACAAGACAGCCGGAACUGGUCCGGCCACGAAGCGUUUUUCAUUGUGGCGCCUGACACAGUAGUAGAAGAAGAUUCUAGGUUACUUAGGGAAAGAUUCUGGCCGACGGUGAGAAUCACAGAAGGGAAGGACGUUAGUGGGAACAAAGGAUUCUUUGAUUGUGGUAAGGCACAAAGACUUCUGGGGUGGGUGCAUUUUCCUUGA